AUGCCGAAACCACCAAACAGGUGGAAUUCUACCGAGGAUAAUCUACUUCGAAGAGAAGUGCUUACCCAAUUAGUGGCAGAGGGAGCGGUGAAAGACUGGCAAUGCAUUGCGACCAAGCUUCCAGCCCGCACUAACAAAGAUUGCAGAAAGCGAUGGCAUAAUGUUGUGUCUGGCGGAGUGAAUAAAGGCCACUGGACGCAGGAUGAGGACAAACUACUGAUAGAAGCGGUCAAAACGUGUGGUAAAAGCUGGAGGGUCGUUGCAACCGCCGUUAAGUCUCGAAAUGCGGACCGUGAGCCAGAAUGCGCCAAGCGGUGGACGCAAUUUCUGGACCCUGAAUUGGACCGCAGUCAGUGGGCAGAUAAGGAAGUGAGUCUACAUGGCUAUGAUACACGUCACGGAUAUACUUCUGGACCAACAUUGACUCCGUGUUUCUGUAUUCAGAACAAGCUUCUCCAGGAGGCGCACGAGAAAUACGGCAGACGAUGGAAAGAGAUUCAGGACAAAUACACCAUCCUUAUUCGAAAACGGAAACAAGCGCAAAGUAAUGGCAUUGAAGACAAUGAAGAAACUUCGAGUCAGUCAGACAGUGAAGAGAAUGGCCCGGUGGAAGCACAGGAGACAACUGCCAUGGAUUUGUCAUACGGACAAUCAGAUGAUGAUCUGAGUGACGGUGAGGCCAUGAUCGACGGGGGUGAUUCUGCAGGGGAACAAGAGCCCCCUUCCAAUGAAAUCGAUGAUUGGGAUUCCCACUUCUGCAGCACCUAUAGUCACUUAUUCAGUGAUUCAACUCCCGCAGAUCAUAUGGCACUGGACCCUGCAAUCAAUGCAAACCGGGUGCUCUCGCAGUGCUUUCCAGCCGGAGAAGUGCAUUGCUGGGAUAUACCAGGGCCACAGGUAGUCCAGACAGGCUCUGAAAAUUUCGAUAACAACACUCAUGAUCCCCCUGAGGACUCCGCGCUCUUGGCACCGGGUUUGUUCCCGACUCCGGCCGCUGGCCCGGAGUCUAUUGGUCAGAAUCCUAACUUGGUUCAUUGGCACCCGACGUCAGCCCUUGCCCUUGACGGCGUCAGUUCUUCUCCCAGGAAGAUCACCCUUACGGUGAAAUCUCCGUGCCCAGACACCAUUGAGUCCCUCAUGCGCAUUGUGUUGGAAACUGGAUCCUCGUUUAGCUUUGAGACAGAAUGA